UGUUCGGGGCAGACGGCGGCGCUGGAGGUGUUUAAUGGCUGAACUCUCGGCUCCACGGCUGCUAACGUGUCUUAUUCGACAAUAACCGUUGGUUUUCGAGAGGCUGCGGGACCAGCGGCGGCUGUAGCGGAGCGAGGAGACCCGCGUGUGGCCGCGGCUAAGUUGCUAACUUUUUAAUGCUAAAUGAAGCUAAGCCGUUGAGCGAGAUUGAACUUCAUCGAUCCCCUGAAAACACCCAGCGGAAGUCUGACACGGAUUAAACCCCGCGGCGUGAAGACCUUUUUCUUUUUACCAAGAAUUUCCUGAAUUCCCUGGGACUAUUUUUCUCUCGUAACUUCGCCCCCUUUCUCUCGACAGCGAACUGUUGUCGUAGUGGCGUACAUUAGCAUUAGCUCGUUUUAGCUAGGUGCUAGCUCGCAGCCUUAGCGGCACGAUACUUUGCAUUUUGCCUCCCUGCUAAUUCCGAUAACUUUUUCACGACAAUGUCUUUCGUGUGUUUCGCAACGGGCGGACAAUUUGUCAACAAGAUGCAGCGCCGAGGAACAUCCGUCAUUUAAAGUGCGGUGGUAAUUGUGUCGUUCGCACCGAGGGCAAUGCCAGGAGUUGUUUGUCGUCUUCAUUCGUGUUUUGAGGAUCGUCCCCGUGCUUCAGAAGACUAGUUACCCCCAGAUGAUGCAGCUUCAGGAGGCAGUCUAACGCCCUUAAACCGAGCUAACAUGCACAAUAUCGUGCACAAUAACUUGGAAUAGGAGGCGAGCUUCAAGUCGUGCAGUUUUGCUCCACAUUUUCUUUUUGUGUGUGCGCGUGCUGAUGUGAACGAAGAGGAAACCCUCUCCAGUUUGACCCAGGGGAUACAAUAGCUCAUCUGAAGCAGCUCGUCGGUUGCAUGCGUCAAAAUGUCGGCCAUCUCUGCAUCCGAGAAGGUGGAUGGGUUCACGCGAAAGUCCAUGAGGAAGGCCCAGAAGCAGAGGAAGUCCCAGGGCUCGUCUCAGUACCGCACCCAGAGCGUCCCGGUCGAGCUCUCCCCGCUGCCACAGCUGAAAGAUGCCCCCUCCACAGAGCAGCAGGAACUGUUCACCCAGAAACUCCAGCAGUGUUGCAUGCUCUUUGACUUCUUUGACUCUGUGAUGGACCUCAAGAGCAAGGAAAUAAAGAGGGCGACACUCAACGAGCUCGUGGACUAUGUUUCCACCAACAGAGGAGUGCUGGUGGAGUCCACGUACCCAGAGAUCACUAAUAUGAUCUGCACCAACAUUUUCCGGACUCUUCCCCCGAGUGAAAACCCUGAUUUUGACCCAGAAGAGGAUGAACCCACUCUAGAGGCCUCAUGGCCUCACAUACAACUGGUCUACGAAUUCCUGCUGCGUUUUCUAGAAAAUCCAGACUUCCAGCCCAGCAUUGCCAAGCGCUACAUUGAUCAGAAAUUUGUUCUGCAGCUCCUGGAGCUGUUUGACAGUGAGGACCCGAGGGAGAGGGACUUUCUGAAGACCAUCCUGCAUCGGAUUUACGGAAAGUUCCUGGGCUUACGAGCCUUCAUCAGAAAGCAGAUCAACAAUAUCUUCUUGAAGUUCAUCUAUGAAACCGACCACUUCAACGGAGUCGCUGAGCUGCUAGAAAUCCUGGGAAGUAUCAUCAACGGCUUUGCGUUACCUCUGAAGGCCGAGCACAAACAGUUCCUGAUGAAAGUGCUCAUCCCGUUACACACAGCUAAAGGACUGGCGCUUUUCCACGCUCAACUGGCCUACUGUGUGGUUCAGUUCCUGGAGAAGGAUCCUACGCUCACUGAACCGGUGAUCCGUGGCCUGCUGAAGUUUUGGCCUAAAACCUGCAGCCAGAAAGAGGUGAUGUUUCUUGGUGAAAUUGAGGAGAUUCUGGACGUCAUCGAGCCGACACAAUUCAUUAAAAUCCAGGAGCCGCUGUUCAAACAGAUUUCUAGAUGCGUGGCCAAUCCACACUUUCAGGUAGCAGAGCGAGCGCUUUACUUCUGGAAUAACGAGUACAUCCUCAGCCUCAUUGAAGAGAACAUAGACAGGGUCCUUCCCAUCAUGUUCGGUAGCCUCUACAGAAUCUCCAAGGAGCACUGGAACCCGACAAUCGUAGCUCUGGUCUAUAACGUGCUGAAGACGUUGAUGGAGAUGAACUGUACUUUGUUUGAUGAGCUGACGUCCUCCUAUAAAGCAGAUAGACAACGGGAGAAGAAGAAGGAGCAGGAGAGGGAUGAGCUGUGGAAGAAGCUGGACGAGCUGAGACUCAGCGACAGCGCCCUGGUCCAGAACAACAGCCACGGGCUCCAGAACAACAAUAACAACAACAACAACAACAACAAUAGCAGCAGUAGUAAUAACGAUGACGCCGAGGACAAGCGUCCUACUGCUGCUGCCGUCGCCACAGACGACAAAGAGCCUGACGUCAGUGUGGCAGCCAAUGAGAGCACUCCAUGUGACAAAUGACACCGGAUGUUUUUUUUUUAUUCCGUACCGGUUUGACACCGUGUGCAGGACCGUCAGUGGAGGAUUGACGGAGACGGAAUAACACAAAUUACACCUCAGCAGUAUAUUACAUCUACUUAGAGUGACUUAGAACGCCAGCAUUUCUUUGGCAGAAAAAAAAAUAUAUAUUUCAACCUAAGACUAUUUUUGGAUGUGACAGUGUGGCAACAGUAUAUUGUUUAUUUGUCUGAUCAAAGAUUUAUCCUUUCACAUUUAGUUUCUUAACUGAAGAGGAUUUUAUUUGUUCUAUUCGUUGUAUGAUACACGGGGGAGGGCAGAAAAUAAUUAUGACUUGAAUUCAAUGUUUCCGAUUGUGCUGCACUUAGACGAGCUGAAUAGCUAUUUAAAGAUGUCUAUUUUUUAAAUGUGCUUUUCCCACUUGCUGCCAACACAUGGGUGCAAAACCUUAAGGAAGAAAUGUACUGCAGACUUUGGGAGUAUGUGGGGCAAAUGGGACCAGACCCAUAGUUAAGACAGUUAGUGUCCAUUAAUGUACAGUAAAGGGCUGUUGUCAGAAGCAGGAGAAGCUGGAAGAUGAAUCUCUGGGGAUAUGGGUGAAUGAGGCCAAAGACGUUAAAGACAAAAUGAUCCCAGCUAUGGUUAAAUCAAUGAAUGACUCUAGUUGAGACGGUGCAGUUAAAACUGGUUCACAAUUAUUCGAGUAAAUGUAAAAAAUAUUUGUUUGUGUUGCAGGUGUCGGUAAAUAUUUUUGUCUGAACAAAAUAGGAAGCCAGUCUGUGCAUCGAUGUCCCACCGUUACCCAAUCGUGAGUCAGGCUCAGCUGUCAAUCAAGAUGUUUCACUCGUUUUUAUAGCAUCAAAUAACCAAUUAAAACCAAACUUGCUGGAAAAAAUGAGCAAUUGUGUGAUAAGAACUACACAAAAUGACAAGAAAUCAUCUUAUUAUAUUUCACAAGUAUUUUGACUUUUUGUUUAUGAGCUAUACUGCAGCCAGCCACUAGGGGGUGAUCGAGAUUCUUCUCUUUAUGGGAGCUGUCAGACAGGAAACUGCUAGCUAAGCUCUGUCCCAGUCAGGAAAUGGUCUGGGUCAUGACAAUUCAUUAUGGUUUUUGUACAGAUUAAAUAAACAAGACAAGCUGGACCCCCUCUUCUUCAUGCUAAGCUAAGCUAACUGUAGCUUCAUUUUUCUUAAGAGGAGUGUGCGACCCUCUCACCAAACUCAGCAAGAAAGCAAACAUUUCCCCAACAAUUGAAGUAUUUGUAAAUUACAACAAACAAACAUGAGACCUACAGUGCUAUAUAUUUUUCUAGAGUGUCGACGAGGCAAAUACUUUUUCUUUCCAAUGCAGGAUGUGCUUGAGUGUGUAUUAGAUGAGUGCGUAUUUGUGUAUAUGUCAAUCUGGAGGCUACUUAAAGGGAAAUGCCACUCAGUUUAAUAUUGUAUGUACAGUGUGAUGUCUCUGUGGUCUAGGAAAGUGCAGUCACUGCUUAUAGGAGCAUAAAUGUUAAUCUCCAUCAAAGCUGUUACCACCACCGAGCUGUUUUUUUUGGUUUUUUUUUACAAUUCACGCGACUGAUUUUGUGUAUCUAUGAGUUUCUAUAUCCUAACAGUCUCGUUAUGACUUAGUGAUAUAAAGACCUUCAUUUUAACACCAGAAAAUCUUACAAGUAAUCUUUAAUCCUCUAAUCCAGACUUUAUAACCUUGCACACGCUUUUACUCUCCAUGUUCUGAUGUUGGAGGUUGACUAACGUGCUUAUUGAUGUAAUCUGACUGCCACAGAUCAUAGGAAAGACCUCUGAGAGUUUGUUUAGUAAUUGAAUGGUGUUCCCUCUGAGCCUGGGUGUGUCUGCUCUCUUAAAUUCAUAUUUAAGGUCCAGUCUUCUCUGAUGCCUUUCUGUCAGUACAGCAUUCCAGCCUCUGUGACGUUGAAAAAGAAGCCUGCGUGACGAACCUGUCUUCUGAUCGCAGAUCUUAUUUAGGUUUCACCAUCAAAUAAAGUCUAUUUUAUCUUUGUACUCAAAACGGAA